GGAACUUGUUAGUUUAACAGCAGAAUCAACAGCAGCGUCCUUUCCUGAAGAGAUAAUCCUGACACAUAAAAGAACUAAUGUAGAUAUGGAUCUGCAGUCUACUAGAGUGGAAGAGACAAUGGGUAAAGGAAGCAUACAUUUCAUCACUUGGAAUGUUAAUGGAUUAAAAGAACGAAGAUAUCAGAAAUUGACAGAACUACAGGAUGCUGAUGUUGUUUUCCUACAAGAGACGCACAUUGGGGAAGGAGAUGAUCAAAUUGUUGAAUGCUUUACAAAUGAGUGGAAUUGUUUUUUUACAAAGCAUAACUCAUCUGAAAGAGGAACAGCAAUACUUGUUAGGAAGACAUUAGACUUUGAAUACAUCAGUGUUGAAAAGGAUAGUUGUGGAGGUUAUGUUGUGUUGAAAUGUAGGCUGCAAGAUCAGCUGUACACACUGGUUAACAUUUAUAACCACCAAACUGACACUAAAACCCUUGAUAAACUUUCAAGCUACCUGCAGUCGAUGACCACAGGGUUACUGGUGAUCGGUGGAGAUUUCAACACUGUUUUCAAUCCCUUUAUUGACAAGAAAUGCAAAACCAACAAGGUGUUAAAAAACCAAACUCAUAAUAAACUGCUUCCCUUUGUGGAAAACUUUAUGAAGUCUCUUCAGCUGGUCGACAUCUGGAGAAGAAAAAACCCUGUGAAGCAGAAUUAUACAUUCUGUAGAGGUGACGCUUCAUCAAGACUGGAUUACUUCUUUAUUCCAGAAGAAUGUAUGUGGCGUGUCAAAAGUUGUGACAUCAGCGCACCUGAGAGACCUGACCAUCAGCCUUUGUAUUUAGAGAUCAACAAUGUUUUCAUUGACAGUUUAUAUAAAGAUCUCCAGAUAGCAUCACUCUCUCAACUGCUUAGUCAUGAAGAAAGCUCACAUGCACUCAGUGAGGUCGACAUCGUCUCCGCUGUAAAUUCACUUCAAGUGUCAGAUACACCAAGACCAGAUGGCAUUCCAGUUUCCUCCUAUAAAGAGAAAAUUCAAAAUGUAAUUCCAUACAUAAAGGUGCUCUAUUACCGUAUCUUAAAUGGUACAUUUAACCUCUCAGAGACUUACUUUAAUAAAUCCGUGAGAAGUCCACAUGACAACAGUCAACACUUUUUCAACGUUGAAUAUCUCAUCAUUGCAACGAUUCUAGCAAGACGUCUAGAGGACUUCCUGGAGUCACAGUCAAGGGGACGGAUACCAAAAGACUCAAAUACAGUCUUGAUCACUCCCAAAAAACUUACCGCACAAACAAUACUGUCUUGUCUCGAGGAAGAGUUGCAGAAGAAUAUAGAAUCAAACUUGUCUCAGUACUUCUUUGCUGCUGAAAGCCUUGUUAGAGGAGCACAUGACAAUGUGCCACGUCAAGGCUGUCCUUUGACUCCAGUACUCAUAACUUUAGCACUAAAAUGCUACGCCUCAAAGCUCUUAAAGGAUGUAGAAAAGCAUGCAUUGUAUGUUUUCAAACAAAGUGUGAUUGCUUGCAUUCAACCUGAGAACCUGAAUGAAGUACGUGCUACUGUGCAAAACAGUCCUGAUGAAGAAUAUGACAUUUUGAUAUUACCUAGAGAAAAUGGACUGGACCAGGACAGUGAGGUUGAGGAUUGGGAUAAAGCAGAAGAAAACUGCUCGAUAAGAGAAAAAAGUGAUGAAGAGAGUCAAGUCUCGUGGUCACCACCUACAUGCAAAAUGUCAACUAUGUAUGCCGUCGUAACCUUCCUUGAUACAGAUGAAAUGAUGGUAACAGCAUCAAAUUGGUUGAACACAGACAAGACACAAUGUCACUGGCCUCCAUUCAAAUCAUCAGAGAAGUUACUGCAAGCUGUUAGAAACAGAAUUGAGCCUUCAACAGCCGGAAGACAAUGGGAGAUGUUAAAUAUUCGCUUUCAUGCAGAAUAUGACACUUAUGAUGAAGCUAAAAAGCAACAAAAGGAGCUUGAAAGAGCCCAGGCAGAUGGUAUUUAUGCCGUCAUUACCCUGAAAGAAUCAGAUGAGUUGACUGUGAUACCAACAAACUGGCUUAAUGAACAAAAGACACAAUGUUACUGGCCUCCAUUCAAGUCACCUAAGAUGUGCACAGAAGCCGUAAAGAAAAGACUUGAACCUGCCAGAGGAGAAAACCCAUGGGAGAUGCUAAAUAUUGACUUUCAUGAAGUACACGCCACGUAUGAGAAGGCUAAAGAGAGAGAGGAAGCACUUAGAGAGCAAACUGAACAACCCUCUACAUCUUUUCAACCUCUUGAAAACCAAAUCUCUCCAAUGUCACUGUCAUGGCCCAGUUUAUCAGGCUUUUCCACCAACACCACAGCCACGAGUUAUGGUAUUAAAAGAAAACGUGAUGAGUCAUCAGAUGACAGAGCUCCGUCACAACUGAUCACAGAUAUGGACAUUAAGAAGAAAGCAGAGCAGAUCAUUGAGAGAGUUAACAUGAAAAUUCAGGCCAUAAAGAGCACAGACCACACAAUGACUACAUUAAAAACCUACAUAUUGGAUGCCAUUUCAAAGAUAAAGAGGAUGGAUAAAAACAUAAGGAAGGAAACUAUAGGAAUAUUUGGAAGAACAGGAGAAGGAAAAAGCUCCUUAUUAAACGCAGUACUGGGAGUAAAUUUAUUACUGCCAGCUGGUGGUUUUGGUGCAUGUACAUCUGUUAUAACUCAGGUGGAAGCAAACCUGAAUGACUCAAACUACAUAGCAGAGAUUGAAUUCAUUUCUGAAGAGGAAUGGGAAAAUGAGGUUGCUUUAUCAGAUGAAAAUGAGGAUGGGGAAAAUCAAAUGACAGAAACUAUUAAAGAUAAAAUCACUGCGCUGUAUGGAGCCGAUGCAAAAGGAAAAACAUCGGAAGAGCUUAAGAGAGAUGACAAAUAUACUCAAAUUGAUCAGGUUUUGUCUACUAGGAAGAAGACAAUCUCAAAUCAAACUCUGUUAAAAUUUAGCCACGAGGUUGCUCAAUACAUAAAAAAUAAUGAAGCAAAACCUGGUGGUUGGUACUGGCCGCUUGUGAAGAGCGUGACGAUCAAGAUCCCAAACCGUCUUGAACUCUUGGAGCACAUUGUCCUUGUUGAUAUCCCUGGGACUGGAGACUCCAACAAGAUCAGAGAUGACCUCUGGAAAUCUAAACUAAAAGAUUGCUCAUCUGUGUGGAUUGUAAGUAACAUCAACCGAGCAGUCUCAGAUAAAGACCCAUGGGAAAUAAUAGAGCACUGCAUUCAAGACUUACAAGGAGGAGGAGAGUGCAAGCGUAUAAACUUCAUCUGUACCAAAACUGAUGAUAUUAAUCCAGAUGAAUAUAAUGAAGAUGAUUGGGGUACCAGUGAACAAAUAAUUGGAUCAAAGAAGAAAAAAUGCCUAAUUUUAAGAAACAACUAUGCAAAGGAGAAACUUCAUGGAAAAUUAACUGAAGCUAAAAACAAGGAUUCAAAAAAGAGAUUCAUCACUGAUGUUUUUACCGUAAGUUCUAAGGCAUUCCUUAAUGAAUCAGUUCUGGAAGCAACAGAAACAGAGAUCCCAAAGCUGCAGAAUGUCCUCAGGAGUCUUAACAAAAACAUCAACCAAAGACUGACUAGGGAUUAUGUCAAUGAAGCCAAAGGAGUUUUGUAUUUGAUCCAGCAGGAUGCAAAUAAAAAUAUGACAAGGGCAAAAAUCCACAAUGAUCUGCAGAAGAACCUAGAGAAGGCACUGAAGGAGUUGGAUUGUAGUAUUGACUACAAGAAGCUGGAACAAUGUCUCUCAAAGGGUGAAGAAGAAUCAGUGAGAUUAUGUGUUCAGACUACACGUGACAUGAUAUCAAAAGUUCGACCAAAAGAUAACAGAGGAUUCCAUAAAAUUUAUAAAGCUUUGUGUGUGAAAGGAGGAUGCUACUGGCCAAGAAACUUUGACAAACCUAUAGAUUUAAACAAGUGUUUGACAAAACACAUGUAUGACAACAUUGAUGAGGAGUUUAAUUUGAUUUUUCCAGUUGAGGACACGGACAAGUCGAACAAAUCAAUGAAAGCCCAGCUUGAUAAGUUCACCAUUAUCUAUGAUGUCUCCCAAAUAACACCAUAGCAACAACACAUCAUUUAAACACAGGUGAGUUCAGAUGUCCUGAGUUUCUUUGCUUUCUUUAAUUUAUCCUAACAUUUACUGUUCCUAUGCAUGUUACUCUUAAAUUGAUGAUAUUCAAGAGACAAAAGCUGAAUUGUGAAAUAAAAUGUUUAAGAUCAAUCCUGGAUAAUGAUGUGUGACCUCUGUAAUAGAGGACAUAGCAUGCAACGACUGCUCAAAAAGCAGGCCAGAUGCAUUAGAACAGGCUUGAGCACUAUAUUAGUGUCACAGUUGGUUUAAUAAGACAGGUAGGAUCCAAGUCCAUAACAGGGUAAAGCACAAGAAACAAAGAAAACUAGAAAAACACCAAACACAGAAAAAAGGGUUAGGUGCUGCAUAUUAUUUACUUACAGUUAUUGAGGCAUUUAGAUUACUUAAACAUUAAGAUAAUGUACUGUAGCUGAAUUUAAUUCUUAGGGAAACAGGGUUACUCAUACAUAAACUGCUGGACAAUUUUUCACAAAAAAAAAGAAUGGCAGUAAACAUUUGGCCAUAACUGAUGGAGAGUCCUGACAUAAACAUGUAGAAAUUAGAGAUAAGCUAUAUUAUUUUUAAAAACACAAUCCAUGUGUUUGUCACAGAAACGUAAAAAGCAGAAAUCUUUUGCAACAUUGUUCAAACAUUACCGUAUGUUAUUUGUUUAUCUGUCUAAUUCAACACUCUGAAUAGGAAAACAAACUGAAGGCAUCACUCAGCAGAUAUAUUGUUGAGAAAAAGAAGGACAUCUACACAUCAAUCUAUGCAACCAUUUCCAGCAAAAUGGCUCCUGGCUACAAAAAAGCUGCAGAGGUGAAAGGUAAAGGAGCCUUACAGAUGAUGGAGGACAUCAUAUCAGAAACAACCGAGCAGUUAAAACAUCAAAUGUUUAAUGAGGCUAAAGUGAAAGUACUUCAGAUGUUCAAUGACUUGAAGUUGAAUAUAAAGAAAACCCUUGAAUCUGAGCUAAAGAGAUCACUGGAGCUCUCGCUUUCAGCCAAAAUCACCCUGUUGGAUGUCUCCAGAGAGAUUCAAGAGUUGGACACACUGUCACAGCACCUGUCUGUCUGAGAUGCUGAUUUUGUGCUCCUCCAGGAGUAUUCAGUGUUUUUUGUUAUUAUUUCUCAUUUUUGUUCUGCAUGUUUCAGUUUUUUCUUAUUAUGUGUCCAUAUUAAAAAUACUGCUUUCCAUUCUAGCUUAUUCUUAACAUAGCAAUGAUAUGGUUUGUUAUUAUUAUACAGUCGUUUGUUAUUCAGCUUUACUAGUGAAAACCAUGUGUACAGUGUGCAACAUUGUUUUUUAGGAUUUCUUGUUCCAUUUGAGUUGCAGGAUAAAGGCAUACAUUCAUGAUAUAUGCAUAUGAAUGUACAGUUUGUCUGUUGUUUUAUAGACGGUUUCAGCAGUAACAACAUAAACAAAGCGGCUGUCGUGGUCCGCACGUAACUUUCGGUAAACUCCGCUAAGAAUAAAUAACAACAAAGUUCUUUAAAUGUAGUUUAUUUAUAUAACAAGCAAAAAAAAAAAAAACAACGCAUAGAUAUAGGAAACCAAAACAUUUGUUAUUUUCGACGGGGCAUUUGUUCAAGAGAUCAGUUUAGCUACUAGUCAGACUAUUAAAAAAAUGAAACCAGAAGUAAAGUUCGGAUCCAGACGUGUAUCGCGUCAGCGCCUAUGCGUCCGAUGAAACUGUCUAUAAUAUAAUUUUAAAAGCUAUUAAUUUUCAAAUUUCUGGAUGUAGCUUUAGAAAUACUAAAAGAUUAAAAUGUAAAAUAUGAUGAUGUUACACUGCAGCAUGUUGCAGUGUUUCAUCAGCUAAUAGCCAUUUUAUUAGGUGAUGAUGUAUCAUUACUGCUUAAAUGC